GGUUAGUGACGUAUCGACAAAACCCCGAAGGGUGCAAAGCCCAAACAAAUCUGCAAAAAAGUGCCUGGAAAGCUUGAAAACAUCCCGGAAAUGUUCAAAAAUACCUUCCAAUCGGGUUUCCUGUCAAUCCUCUACAGUAUUGGGAGUAAACCGCUGCAAAUUUGGGAUAAAAAAGUCCGAAAUGGGCAUAUAAAGCGCAUCACAGACGGCGACAUUCAGAGUCUCGUCCUCGAAAUCCUGGGAACAAAUGUCUCAACGACCUACAUAACGUGUCCAGCAGACCCUAAGAAGACGCUGGGCAUAAAGCUACCCUUUCUCGUGAUGAUCAUAAAGAAUGUCCGGAAGUACUUUACAUUUGAAGUGCAGGUGCUGGACGACAAGAAUGUAAGACGACGCUUCAGGGCGAGUAACUAUCAGUCAACGACUCGCGUAAAGCCAUUCAUUUGCACAAUGCCUAUGCGCCUGGAUGAGGGUUGGAAUCAGAUUCAAUUCAAUCUGUCGGAUUUCACACGCCGUGCCUAUGGAACGAACUACGUGGAGACACUCAGGGUGCAGAUUCAUGCCAAUUGUCGCAUCCGGAGGGUUUACUUCUCAGAUCGACUGUACUCCGAGGAUGAGCUACCGUCGGAAUUUAAACUUUUCCUGCCCAUUCAGAAACCCGCACCGAAACCUCUAGCUCAGCAGGCAUGCUAGACAACAAGUCCCUUUAGGCACCCCAAAGACAGUUUUUUAUUUCCUUUAAUCUCUACACACACUUGGGAGCAACAAACUUCACGGUCAAUCAGGAAGCGUGAGAAUCUCCACGUUGGAGUCUGUGAUGAGAACUGUGUGCUCAAAUUGAGCACUCCUGGCACCGUCACAACUUACCGCUGUCCAGCCAUCCUCGAGGAUCUCCACUUCCUGACCUCCAGUGGAGAUUACGGGCUCCACAGUGAACACCAUGCCGGGCUUCAUGAAGCCACCCACGGAAUUCUCUGCAAAAAACAAAAGUCACAUCAUCUCACGCCAUUCACGCAAAUCAUGUAUUUAGCUAGAGAAAUAAAUUCAUAAUUUUAAAAUUAAA